GCUCGUAGUCACCUUUCCCUAUGCAUGAUACUCCACUCCACUCCGCCGCUUUUAAACAAAACGCCCCAUUAGUUUGAUCUUCAUUCUACAUCGUUAAUUUCGAAGAUUUCUCACUCGUUUCUUGUUUAAUCCGUCGACCCAUUCGGACAAUUCCACUGAAUAUCCUCUCUUUCUCCACAAAGCCCCACUCUUUAGUGUUUUCUACAAUUGCCAGCUUAGUUGUGCUAAUACUAUUGUUACAAUUUCAAUGUUUUUCUUUGUUUUCUUAAAGCCCAUUGUUUAGUUCUUAAUUUUGGUUAAACCCAUUUGAUUUCAUCAUUUAUUUUGCUUACCAUUGUUUUGUUUCCUCCUUAAACACCAUGAUUUCUUCUUUAAUGCAUUCAAGUCCCUCUUUUCAAGUAAUACCCAAAUGGGGUUUAGCUAAGAACCCUAAAUUUGUGGUACACAACCAUGUUGAUUGGUCAAAAGCUGGUGUCUUGAGGCAAAAGCCUUUAAAUUUGGUAUCUGGGUUUGAUUUUGUUUCUUUAUCUGGGUCUAAAAAGGGUGAUUUUGUGUGUGAAGCUUAUGAAGCUGACCACUCAAAGCCUUUGGAUAUUAACAUUGAUUUACCUGCACAAGUGGGUCCUUCUGAGGCUGCUCAGAAGCUUAAAAUCGGUGUUUAUUUUGCUACUUGGUGGGCUUUGAAUGUGGUGUUCAAUGUGUAUAAUAAGAAGGUUUUGAAUGCAUUUCCUUACCCGUGGCUUACAUCUACUCUUUCGCUUGCGGCGGGGUCUUUGAUUAUGUUGGUUUCUUGGGCUGCUAGGAUUGCUGAAGCUCCCAAGACCGAUCUUGAGUUCUGGAAGACUCUUUUUCCGGUCGCGUUGGCACAUACGAUUGGACAUGUAGCAGCUACUAUUAGCAUGUCAAAGGUUGCGGUAUCUUUUACUCACAUUAUCAAGAGUGGUGAACCAGCUUUUAGUGUGCUGGUUUCAAGGUUUAUACUUGGAGAACAUUUCCCCAUGCCAGUUUAUUUGUCUCUUUUGCCAAUUAUUGGUGGUUGUGCACUCUCAGCUGCAACCGAGCUUAAUUUUAACAUGACUGGUUUUAUGGGAGCUAUGAUAUCAAAUUUGGCUUUUGUCUUCCGCAACAUUUUCUCAAAGAAGGGAAUGAAGGGAAAAUCUGUCAGUGGGAUGAACUAUUAUGCUUGUUUGUCUAUGUUAUCUUUACUAAUUCUAGCACCCUUUGCAAUUGCUGUGGAGGGCCCACAAAUGUGGGCAGCUGGCUGGCAAACAGCUAUAUCUCAGAUCGGGCCAAAUUUUGUAUGGUGGGUGGUGGCCCAAAGCGUAUUCUAUCACUUGUAUAACCAGGUGUCAUACAUGUCUCUGGAUCAAAUCUCUCCCUUGACUUUUAGCGUAGGAAAUACAAUGAAACGAAUAUCUGUCAUAGUCUCCUCCAUCAUAAUUUUCCGCAACCCUGUCCAACCUGUCAAUGCCCUUGGAGCUGCUAUAGCUGUAGCUGGGACCUUCCUUUAUUCACAGGCAAAGCAGUGAAAAGCUUCGACUUGUUACUUUACGUAAAUGAUAAAAAGAUGCAGAGAAAAUUCUCUACCAAAAAAGAGGGCUAGGGAAGCUAGAAGUGUUCUUUGCCUUUGAUCAGCAUGUAUCUGGAGUUGGAUCAGUUGGGACAACUUGAGGACAUCAUAGAAGUAGUUUUUGUGAUAAUCAUAUGAUAGUUGCUUAAAGAGACGGCAUUCGGGAACUCCCAUACAGUUUUUUCGAGGAAAUCUUCUAUGCUAAAUAAACUCAUUUCUUGAGGAAUAAAUUUAACAAUAGUGCCUUUGCUGAAAUAUAUAUAUGAACUUUGCAUAUUUUGUUGCUUUAAUUUGUUGCCCCUUGACUCUUUGUUUCUCUUCAA